CCCCCGGGCGGGCUGCCAGCCCUGCAACUGCUCCAGCGCGGGCACGGCAGGCAUGGUGGGCACCCCUGAGUGCCACCCGGACCACGGGCAGUGCAGGUGCAGGCCCAGAAUCUCAGGACGGCGUUGUGACCGAUGCGCUCCUGGGUUUCACCGCUUCCCCGAGUGCAUCCCCUGCCGCUGCAGCAGAGACGGGACAGAGCCCGGAGUCUGCGACCCGGAGACCGGGGCCUGCCUCUGCAAGGAGAAUGUGGACGGUGCCGAGUGCGAUGUGUGUCGAGAAGGCUCCUUCCACUUGGACCCGGCGAACCCCCAGGGCUGCACCAGCUGCUUUUGCUUUGGGAUCAGCCGUCACUGCCACAGCACCCACAGACGGAGAGCGAAGUUUGUGGACAUGAUGAGCUGGCGCCUGGAGACGGCGGACAGGGCCCAGAUCCCCGUCUCCUUCAACCCCGGCAGCGGCAGUGUGGUCGCCGACCUCCAGGAGCUGCCCUCCACCGUGCACAGCGCCACCUGGGUCGCACCUCCCUCCUACCUGGGGGACAAGGUCUCCUCCUACGGCGGCUUCCUCACCUACCAAGUCAAGUCCUUCGGGCUCCCGGCCGACAUGGCCCUUCUGGGGAAGCAGCCAGCCGUGCAGCUCACUGGUCAGCGCAUGUCCGUCGUCCACGAGGAGCCGAGUGACCCGCGCCCGGACAAGCUGCAUCACGGGCGGGUGCAGCUGGUGGAGGGAAGCUUCCGGCACGCGGGGAGCGGCGCCCCGGUGACGCGGGCGGAGCUGAUGGUGGUGCUGUCGGGGCUGGAGGAGAUGCGCCUUCGCGGCCUGUACUUCAGCGAGACGCAGCGGCUCAGCCUGAGCGGGGUGGGGCUGGAGGAGGCCUCGGACACAGGGAGCGGGCGCCGCGCGCACACGGUGGAGAUGUGUGCCUGCCCCCCUGAGUACACGGGUGACUCGUGCCAGGUAGGACAUUCUCCUGUCCGUGCAAGCGCCCCGGGCACUCCUGGCCGCUGUCCAGCACCGGCUGGUCUGGCCGCCCGCUCCACGCACAGCCCGGAUCGGAGAUCCGUCCCGCUCCGCCCAGACUUGUUGGAGCAGAGGCUGGAGUGGGUGGAGGCGGCGGGUUCCCACGCGAUGGAGGAAGCUUUCAUCUUCCGUGAGUGCAUCAGCCGACGGCCCAGCCGUAUCCAGUCUCCUCCAGCAAGAUGGCUUCGCCACGAGCUGCGUUGUGACGGGGAGCAGCGUGCAGUGUUCCUGCAAACCUGGCUACACGGGAGCGCAGUGCGAAAGGGAAGCUUCCGGCACGCGGGGAGCGGCGCCCCGGUGACGCGGGCGGAGCUGAUGGUGGUGCUGUCGGGGCUGGAGGAGAUGCGCCUUCGCGGCCUGUACUUCAGCGAGACGCAGCGGCUCAGCCUGAGCGGGGUGGGGCUGGAGGAGGCCUCGGACACAGGGAGCGGGCGCCGCGCGCACACGGUGGAGAUGUGUGCCUGCCCCCCUGAGUACACGGGUGACUCGUGCCAGGUAUUAAGUGGAAAGAAAUCCCAGCGUCUCGGAACCCACGGGAGAGCUGAGGAGCCCGUGGAUCCGGGGUCACAUCAGAGCUUCCCGGAGGCUGGAAGGAGCCCCAGGCGCACCCCAGUAUCCGAGCUGCUGCUUCCCUGGUACCGACCCGAGUUCGUGCUUCUCUCUAACUCAGGGCUCCCUCCAUCACCACCCUGCAGAGUUAAGUCCAAGUACAUCCCAAUCCUUCGUGGGGACAUCAAAGUCCCCUUUUCCCACUCGCAGCAGGUCCUCGCUUGA